AUGGAGAAUAUUGCUUUUCAUUUGGGAAACGGGUCGGCGAUUUGGUUUUGGGAGGACCACUGGAUAGGGAAAAGGAGUUUGAGGGACAGCUUCCCAUCUAUUUAUCGUCUCACUGUCAGGAAGGACAGGCCCAUUAACAGCUUUUUCUCUCAAUCUGAAUCUGGUUUAGUGUGGGAUAUCAGCUGCUGUAGAAAUCUUUACAACUGGGAGGUUGCUCAUUUUGCUGAGCUUCUUGAUUGCUUAUCCAGGGUUACCCCGUCCCAGACCAAUCCAGAUAAAAUAAUCUGGACCAAAGAUAAAUCCUCCCAGUUCUCGGUGAAGUCCCUGUACGCUUCUCUUCUCCCCUCCUCUCCCCCUGCAACGUUGGCUUCUCCGUUUAUCUGGAAAUAUCCUGCCCCCCCAAAAUAUAUCGGUUUUGCUUGGUUGGCCUCUAGGAAUCGGAUUCUCACAGUAGACAACCUCAUGAAGAAAGGAAUGCAGCUCGCCAACAUAUGUCUAUGUUGCAUGGGCUACGAUGAAUCGGUCAAUCACCUCCUCGUGCACUGUCCGUUCAUCUCUCAGAUCCGGCAGGACUUUUUCUCAAGGUUCAACAUUAGUGGCUGUGUGCCAGCUUCUGCCUCCUCUUUUCUUGCUUACUGGCACGGCUUCAAGUUGGGUAAAGUCAGAUCUAAGGUUUGGAAAAUGGCAAUCAUGGCUAUCUGGUGGGCGGUCUGGAAGGAGAGAAACGAUAGAUGUUUCAACAAUGCGCAGGCUUCGGCUUAA